GAUAACAUCAGCCGAAGAGAUGGUGCCGGAAUUAACAAUAAGGAAAACAAGCACAGAUGAAUUCAGUAAGUGUGAAAGCUACAGGGCCUGCUGGGCUGGUCCCUGCUCAGUCAGCUGUGGAGAAACACACCCAGGAGAAAACCCAGCUGCCCUGCGGGCACACAGAGCUCAGUUCUGCCAUCACCUUCGCCGGGAAGGCUGCAGGCGUCCAUGUGCAGCUGAAUAGGUCUGGCUGAGCCCAGCACCUGCACAGCCUUUGCUGGAAAAUAAAGGUUUGUCCCUGAGGCAGUCUGCAUGUGGAAACGACCUCUUCCAGCAGAGAAAAUGGGCCAGAAGGUCUCCCAGGAGGACAACCAGGAGAACGAGGCUGAAACGCUGGUCAUCUGUGAAGUCUUCAGCCAGGGUGUGCUCCAUGCAUCUCAAAGGCUGAAGGACUACCUGGGUUUUGUGGAUCCUCAAAGCAAAUUCCAGCCAGCCACGAACACGCUGAGCAAGAUCUUCCUGGUCAGCUUCAUCGGCUUCUGAGUGGGAAAGGGCAUGGAGGAGCAGAUCGUGACCAGCAAAAUGACCAAGCAGCAAUCCUUCCUGUUCGGAGUGGACUGGAUCUGGACUCUGUGUGGGUCUGACAAACAGAUCAAGCUGCAGAUCGCCCUGCAGGCUCUGUAGCUGGCCGAGCUCUUCCACGGUGAGGGCGCUGCCGAGGAUUGCUGCCGGGAGGCCGCGCUGGCCGACGAGUGCUUCCAGAACACGAGCAGGUUUGAGAAGCUGGCCCAGUUCUGCCGCCUGGUGGGACGGGACUGCCUGGGCUUGUUUGUCGUGUUCGGUGUGCCAGGGAAGCCCAAGGACAUCCGAGGAAUCCUGCUGGACAGCGUUGCCAAGGAGAAGCAAAAAUGCCGCCUGUCGGGCAGGAGUGCGCUGCGGCAAUUUGUCACCAGCACUGACAGCUCCCUGCCCACAGAAGACAUGCUGGAAAAUUGCCUGGCACCAAAAAACAGGCUGAAGGAUGUGGGCAAUGUGUACAUAAACUUUGUGUGAGCAGCUGGGCAGGAGCAGCGGCUCCGUGCAGCACCGGGGGCCGCAUGGGGCUCAGCUCUGCCCCUCUCUCUCUCCUCCCCACACUUCAUUCCCUCCAUC